AUGGCUCAAUUACAGCCUCAGACGAUCUAUAGAGAUCCUCAGCUUCUUUACUGGAUCUUGCUCCCGAUUACGGCUGUGAUGAUCCUAACAGGUGUCCUGCGAUACUAUGCUACCGUCCUUAUGCAGAGCCCUCCCAAGAAGCUCGAUCAAAAGGCCAUGAGAGAGCAGCGAUCCUUGCUACAUGGCAUCGCCGUGCGCACCAACUUUCACGUCUUAUCCGAACCAUCUUUCCGCGCGCGGAGAGACUAUCUUAUCGAUGCCUAUGAAUCCGGUGCCUUCCUGAAAGAUCCCGAGCGCCGUGGACAGCCGCCUCCGAACCCCAUGACCGACCCCGGCGCCAUGGACGGCAUGAUGGGUAUGAUGAAGAAUAACAUGGCCAUGAUGAUUCCCAACACUCUCAUCAUGAGCUGGAUAAAUGCCUUCUUUAGCGGGUUUGUCAUUAUCAAGCUGCCUUUCCCACUUACUAUCAAGUUCAAGAGUAUGUUACAAGCCGGUGUCGCAACCAAGGAAAUGGACCCAAGAUGGAUGUCUAGUAUCAGUUGGUACUUCUUGUGUUACUUCGGAUUGCAAUUUGUCUUCAACUUUUUGCUCGGGAAUGAAAACGCCGCAAACCAGAUGGCCCAACAAAUGUCGGGGAUGGGGCCUCAAAACGCCCAAAUGUUCGGACCUGGCGUUGAUCCUGAUAAACAGUUCAAGACGGAGGCUGAGAACCUUGCUGUGGUUGAGCAUUACUCGGUCUUGGACGGAGUAGAAGGUCGAUUGCUCGAGGGUAUCAAAUCUAAAUAA